AUGUGCAGACCGCAGCCCAAGGUAGAGCGAGCGUGCCGGGCGAGCCCGGAGACUUGCCUUGCAAUGCCAUGUUUGUGUGCGUGCUCUGACUCCCGGAGAGCAAUCAGGGAGACGGCUCCCCGGCCGGACCUGGCUGAUGUUUUCUUGUUUCUGUUUCAGCCUUCAGGAUAAUUCCUUCAGCAGCACCGCUGUAACAGAGUGUGACGAAGACCCUGUCUCUCUACAUGAAGACCAGGCUGAUUGUUCCAGUCUCAGAGAUGAAAACAAAGAGAACUACCCCGACGCCGGGGCUCUGGUAGAGGAGCACACACCACUCUCCCGCCAGGCGCAGCAGCAUGUAGAGCAGACCGUGCUGGUGGACGGCGUGUUGCGACCCAGCAUGGGCAACUUCAAGUCCCGGAAGCCCAAGGCCACCUUCAAAUCGGAGAGCGGGAGGAGCCACGGAGAAGGCCAGGAGACAGAGCAUGUGGUGCCCAGCCAGUCAGAGUGUCAGGGGAGAGCAGGACCGCCUGCACAUGAGAGUCCACAAAACAAUGCCUUCAGGUGCCAAGAAACAGUGCAACUUCAACCAAGAAUAGACCAGAGGGCUGCCAUUUGGUCAAAGGAUGCUUUUGAAACUCAGCAGGACUUAAAUGAGGAAGAAGCAGCUCAGGUGCAUGGAGUCAAGGACUCAGCCCCAGCAUUGACCCAGAGUGUGCCUGCUGAUGGGGCGGAUUCUGCAGACCCCACGCCAGUCCACAAAGACGAGCAGAAUGAAGCUGACAGCACACCAGAAGACCUUCAGUCUGUGGGGACCAGCAGGCUGCUCUAUCACAUCACUGAUGGUGACAACCCGCUGCUGUCACCACGAUGCUCCAUCUUCAGCCAAAGCCAGAGAUUCAACUUAGACCCUGAGUCAGCCCCGUCUCCACCUAGCACUCAGCAGUUUAUGAUGCCCCGGAGUUCUUCACGUUCCAGCUGUGGGGAUGGUAAGGAGCCUCAGACCAUCACCCAGCUCACCAAGCACAUACAGAGCCUCAAGCGUAAAAUUCGUAAAUUUGAGGAAAAAUUCGAACAAGAAAAGAAAUAUCGGGUAAGAAACUUGGGGUUUGACAAAAAAGUGGAUUGGUCAGAAUGUGUGGGUUUUUUCUGCGCCUCAGUCCUUCCUUUCUGGGUACCCCUCUUUGCCAGGAGACAGAUUUGGUCCCAUUGGCCAAUCCAGAACCUAGCAAAAAUUGAGUUCCUGUCCUGGGUCUGUCGGUUGAUCUCUGCUGAGAUAUUGUCUAGUAAUGGAUUACAACUCUUCUUUCUGAACUUAUUUGGUUAUUGAUCCUCCUUCCCCACUUAUUUUUGCCCCUGAAGAACCUUAUUAUCACUAGUUUUUCAAGGACCAAAAUUUGGAAAGCUUUUCAAUUAUGGUCUUAGGUUUUUAAAACCUUUUUCCCAGUUGCAUUUUGAUAAGAACUUACUAAGGACCCAAUGGCAGACACUCCAAUUGUGGAUAAUGGGAAGAGAUGGUUUCAUUGACAUUAAAGUACUGAUUGAUGUGUGGGAACCUCUCAAGUGACAUCUGUUCAGGUGACUC